AUGCAGAACGACGCUGGAGAUACUACAGUUCGCCGCUUCUUCACUGGCCUCUGUAGGCUGAUCAGACGUUACAAGGGGACCAACACGAGCACACGGGACAGGGAAAACGUCCAAGUCGAAAUCGAAAUCGAACGUCCCCUCCUCUCCUUCUGCGGCAUCAAGCGGCGUCGCAAGCGAAACAGCACAAUCCGGGACACCGCAACCAACGACCCAACCACCGUUCCAGAAGAUCUCGAUACUCUGCUCGCAGACUAUAGCCUUGCUCUAACGCCGAGAAAUGCCGCCAGCACUAACCACAUCGUCCUAUCCCGUCCCCGGAUCGACGCGAUCCUCCACCUUUUACUCGCUCAAGCCAAGAAGAGGUUGUUGGAGACGGAUACUACGGAGAAAAUAAAUACGCUUUAUUGGGACUAUGAGCAAUUUAUCUCUCUGUCUGAUACUCUUGGGGCUCGGCGUCGAAGGAGGAUACCGAACUGUGCGGUCGAUUAUGCUCUGUGGUAUGGGGACGCACGAGAUUUCGCGACGAAUUGUGUUGUCAUUCGGGCGCGAGAUAUGAUUGUUGGUGGAGAGAGUAGGCAGUUUUUCCCGAUUCUUGUGGCUAUGUCGUUGAUCAAACAUAACCGUGUCAGACGGAAGGUCAAUAGGGAGGUGUAUGGGAUCUGCACUAAUAGCUUCACAUGGGUGUUCUUCCAUCUGGAUAAGAGGAAUAAGUUAAAUUCCCUGAGGCUCAAUUGGGCCAAUGGCCAGCAGCAAGCGAUCACAGCCGUUCUUAGCAAGAUCCUCAAUGAAGCAGUCAAACUCAGGCUACUAUCCAGUAAGCCAGCAGACACCUGGAGUGACUCGAAAACGCGCCUGUCACCAUGGGAUGUACGCAAGUGGAACUAUGCAGAAGAUAAGGAGGAUAACGCUGCAGACUUUACUCCUAGUGGCUGCGAAAGUCCCCCCGGCGACACCAAGCCUGGAGGGGCCGAGAAAGCUGUAGAGCCAACUCCGACGCAAGACCCAUCUACUGCAGACUUGGCUAGCAUUCUCCUUCAAGACAUGCAUGAGGUACUUGACUUGAAGCAUCAGCCAGAUGAGGACUACAUCUGGAGCCUGGGUGCUUUGGGGGAGUACAAGAUGAUGCCGGAUCAUCUGAAGAGCAUCUUUAAAGACUACAAACUGGCAUUUGGCGACAAAUUCUGGUGCGAGGUACUCACCAGGGUCAAAUUUGAAGCGCUUCUCUUCAUUGUCCUUGCUCUCAUCAAAAAGCGAGAUUUCGGACCUGAUACAUUGGCCCCCUCCAGCUCCCUUCAAUAG